ACCUUGAUCACGAACCGUGUACCUCACAACUAAGGUACCUCCAACUUUUCGAGCUGCCCACCGUAUGAACCCGCCUCCGCGAUAGCACGCCCUUUGCGAUGGCCGGGCUCAACUAUGUCACCUUUAACCAGGACCACAGCCUGCUGGCAGUCGCGACCACGAGAGGCUUGCGAGUGUACAGCACCGAUCCCUUCGAACUCACGAAUUACUCCCAUGAAGAGGACAUCUCUCUCGUCGAGCAGCUCUUCUCCACCUCGCUCGUCGCCAUGAUCCUCACACCGCGAUUACUACGGAUAGUCAACACGAAGCGAACACAAAAACACUCGACAAUAUGCGAGCUGACAUUCCACGGAAUGGUCGUGGCUGUCAAGAUGAAUCGGAAACGACUGAUCGUCAUGCUGGAAGAGGUCGCAUUCAUCUACGACAUCAGCAACAUGAAGAUGCUGCACCAACAAGCUACACCACUUAAUCCAGGAGGCAUCUGCGCGAUAUCGCCCAACUCCGAGAACAACUACCUUGCCCUCCCGCAUUACUCAAAGAGCGCCCCGAAUCCUCAUACACAAUCCUCACACGUACCGAAAUCGAUCGUGAAAGAGCCGAUAAACGGAGAUGUCCUGUUAUACGAUCUCAACAAGAUGGAGGAAGUCACAGUAAUCCAGGCGCAUCAGGCACCCUUGUCGUACAUCGCGCUCAACAACGAUGGCACCAUGAUGGCAACAUCUUCAGAAAAAGGCACAGUGAUCCGCGUCUUUUCAAUACCAGAUGGGAAGAAGCUAUUCCAAUUUCGACGAGGAAGCAUGCCAGCAAGGAUAUACUGCAUGAGCUUCAACGCGACCUCUACACUCCUCUGUGUUUCUUCCGCGACAGAGACCGUCCACAUCUUUAAACUCGCACCUCCCGGCAGCAAUCCUUUGAAUGGAAGUACCGGCCGUCCGAUCUCUCCGCCCUCAUCCCCGAACCGCCAAGCCUCCUUCUCCUCAGCGCGGGAUCAAUCAGAAAGCCCCACCUCCGACCGCCACGGCUCACCUGAAGACCUCACCGGCGACCCGCUCGCCCUCUCCACUUCCCGCCAACCACGGCAAGCAGGUUUCAUGUCCAUGGUCCGGCGGACUUCGCAGAACGUCUCCACAUCCUUCGUGUCGCGGGCAGCGGGCUACCUUCCCAGCUCUGUAACAGAAAUGUGGGAACCGCAACGAGACUUUGCUUGGGUCAGAGUGCCGAGGGGUGCGAAUGGACAGCCAGUUAGAUGUGUGGUGGCCAUGGCGAGUGGAGCGCCGCAUGUGAUGGUGGCCACAAACGAGGGAGACUUUUAUGCGUAUAGUGUGGAUUUGGAGAGGGGUGGGGAGGGGACGCUGGUGAAGCGGUUUGAGUGA